UCGUCAGCACUGCAGAUUCUUCUGGCUUAGUGUUUAAUUAAAGCACCAUCGAUAUGGGAAGCUUCAUGGACACAGACCAGAGGAAAACGGUUUCGCAAGGACAGGCAGCAGUUCUCAACUUACUGCCCAUCAGCAGCUGCCCCAGGCCUCAGGUCACGUGGUUUAGAGAAGGGCACAAGAUCGUUCCCAGCGGCAGAAUAGCCAUCACGCUGGAAAAUCAACUGGUUAUCCUCGCAGCGACAGUGGGUGAUUCCAGGGCUUACUACGCGCAGGCCGUCAAUGAGCGCAACGGAGAGAGCAAGACUAGCCCACUCAUUCACCUGAGCGUAGCAGGAGAUGUUGGCACCCCUGAAACCGUGGCUCCCAUCAUUGUGAUACCCCCAGGCAACAGAAGCGUGGUGGCCGGGUCCAGCGAGAUCACCUUGGAGUGCAUCGCCAAUGCCAGGCCUGUUGAAGAGCUGAAUGUGAACUGGAAGAGAAAUGGGGUGAGGGUCACCAGUGGGGUCCACAGCUUCGGGAGACGUCUCACCAUCAGCAACCCGACCUCCGCGGACACGGGCGCGUACGUCUGUGAGGCGACGCUGACAGGAAGCGCCUUUGAACCAGCCACAGCCAGAGCCUUUCUUUCCAUCAUAGAGCCACCGUAUUUUACUGCUGAGCCUGAGAGUCAGAUUUUAGUGGAAGUGGAAGAAACCGUGGACAUCGUCUGUCGAGCCAUGGGGGUCCCUCUUCCCACCCUCCAGUGGUACAAGGAUGCCAUCUCCAUCAGCAAGCUCCAGAAUCCUCGCUACAAAAUGCUCGCGAGUGGAGGCCUGCACAUCCAGAAUCUGCAGCCGGAGGACUCCGGAAUCUUCCAGUGCUUUGCCAGUAACGAAGGAGGGGAGAUCCAGACCUACACGUACCUGGACGUCACCAAUGUGGCCCCGGCGUUUAUGCAGCUGCCAGUGGACACCACAGUCACUGAUGGGAUGACGGCCACUCUGAGGUGCGAGGUGUCCGGGGCGCCCAAACCCGCCAUCACGUGGAGGAGAGGAAAACAUAUUUUGGCCAGUGGCUCUGUGCGCAUUCCUAGGUUCAUGCUUCUGGAAUCCGGGGGCCUGCAGAUAACCCCCGCCUUCAUCCAGGACGCUGGCAACUACACCUGCUAUGCCACCAACACAGAGGGGUCCCUGAGUGCGUCUGCAGCACUGACUGUGUGGAAUCGUACGUCCAUCGUUAACCCUCCCGAGGACCGCGUGGUGAUCAAGGGGACCACGGCCACCCUGCACUGCGGAGCCACUCAUGACCCCCGGAUCACUCUCCGCUAUGUCUGGAAGAAGGACAACGCAGCAAUCACCCCAUCCAGCAGUUCCAGGAUCGUGGUGGAGAAGGACGGGUCCCUCCUCAUUAGCCAGACGUGGUCGGGUGACAUUGGAGACUACACCUGUGAAAUUAUCUCCGAAGGAGGGAAUGACUCCAGAACGGCCCGCCUGGAGGUGAUUGAACUGCCUCACUCACCCCAGAACCUCCUGGCCAGCCUCAGCUCUUCCCACAGCCACUCCGUGACGCUCUCGUGGGUUCGGCCCUUCGAUGGAAACAGCCCAGUCCUCUACUACAUCGUGGAGCUGUCUGAGAACAACUCUCCGUGGAAAGUGCAUCUGUCAAACGUCGGCCCCGAGAUGACAGGCGUCACCGUGCGCGGCCUAACUCCAGCUCGCACCUAUCAGUUCCGGGUGUGUGCCGUGAAUCAAGUGGGCAAGGGUCAAUACAGCACAGAGACGAGCAGGUUGAUGUUACCAGAAGAGCCGCCCAGCGCUCCCCCGAAGAACAUCGUGGCCAGCGGGCGCACCAACCAGUCCAUCAUGGUCCAGUGGCAGCCGCCCCCCGAGACAGAGCACAAUGGGGUCCUGCGCGGGUACAUCCUCAGGUACCGCCUGGCCGGCCUGCCCGGGGAACACCAGCAGCGGAACAUCACCAGCCCGGAGGUCAACUACUGCCUGGUGACAGAGCUGAUCAUCUGGACACAGUAUGAAAUCCAGGUGGCAGCUUACAACGGAGCGGGCUUGGGAGUCUUCAGCAGGGCCGUGACAGAGUACACCCUACAAGGAGUGCCUACUGCGCCCCCCCAGAACGUGCAGACGGACGCCGUGAAUUCCACAACCAUCCAGUUCCUGUGGAACCCUCCACCUCAGCAGUUCAUCAAUGGCAUCAACCAGGGAUACAAGCUUCUAGCAUGGCCGGCUGAGGUCCCGGAGGCCAUCACCGUGGUCACCAUUGCACCAGAUUUCCAUGGAGUCCACCACGGGUAUAUAACAAACCUGAAGAAGUUUACUGCUUAUUUUACGUCAGUCCUGUGUUUCACCACUCCGGGCGACGGGCCUCCAAGCACACCUCAGCUCGUAUGGACUCAUGAAGACAGACCAGGAGCUGUGGGCCACCUGAGUUUCACGGAGAUUCUGGACACCUCCCUCAAGGUCAGCUGGCAGGCACCUCUGGAGAAAAAUGGCGUUAUUACAGGCUACCAGGUCUCCUGGGAGGUGUACGGCAGGAAUGGCUCCCGCCUCACCCACACCCUCAACAGCACGGCUCACGAGUAUAAAAUCAGAGGACUGUCUUCACUCACCACAUACACCAUCGCCGUGGCCGCCAUCACCGCCGCGGGGGCUGGCCUGGCGACCUCGUCCACCAUUUCUUCGGGAGUGCCCCCAGAGCUCCCUGGUGCCCCGUCCAAUCUGGUCAUUUCCAACAUCAGUCCCCGCUCAGCCAUACUUCAGUUCCGCCCUGGCUACGACGGGAAGACGUCCAUCUGCAGGUGGAUCGUAGAGGGACAGGUUGGAGCCAUCGGUGACGAGGAGGAAUGGGUGAGCCUCUACGAGGAGGAGAAUGAGCCUGAUGCCCAGACUCUGGAGAUCCCAAACCUCACGCCCUACACUCACUACAGAUUUCGAAUGAGGCAGGUGAACAUCGUUGGCGCCAGUCCCUUCAGCCAGUCCUCCAGGGUCAUCCAGACACUGCAGGCACCCCCCGACGUGCCUCCCACCAGCAUCACCGUGCGGACUGCCAGCGAGACCAGUCUGCGGCUCCGCUGGGUGCCCCUGCCCGAUUCCCAGUACAACGGAAACCCCGAGUCCGUGGGCUACAGGAUUAAGUACUGGCGCCCCGACCUUCAGCCCCAGGCGCUGGCACAAGUCAUCAAUGACCGGCUGGAGAGGGAGUUCACCAUCGAGGGGCUGGAGGAGUGGACGGAGUACGAACUGCAGAUGCAGGCGUUCAACGCCAUUGGGGCUGGGCCCUGGAGCGAGGCGGUGCGUGGCCGCACACGUGAGUCAGUUCCUUCAGCUGCGCCUGAAAACGUGUCCGCUGAGGCUGUCAGCUCCACCCAGAUUUUGCUGACCUGGGCCUCGGUACCAGAACAGGACCAGAAUGGGCUCAUCCUGGGCUACAAGGUCCUGUUCCGGGCCAAAGACCUGGACCCCGAGCCCCGAAGCCACGUCGUGCGCGGGAACCACACACAGUCAGCGCUGCUGGCGGGUCUCCGGAAGUUCGUGCUGUACGAGCUCCAGGUGCUGGCGUUCACCCGCAUCGGGAACGGGGUCCCCAGCUCCCCACUCAUCCUGGAGCGGACCAAGGAUGACGCCCCAGGCCCGCCCGUGAGGCUCGUGUUUCCUGAAGUGAGACUCACAUCUGUGCGGAUCGUGUGGCAGCCACCGGAGGAGCCCAAUGGCAUCAUUCUGGGCUACCAGAUUGCCUACCGCCUGGCCAGCAGUCGCCCCAAUACAUUCACCACGGUGGAGGUGGGCGCCACGGUGAGGCAGUUCACGGCCACAGAGCUGGCCCCGGAGUCGGCCUACAUCUUCAGGCUGUCAGCCAAGACAAGGCAGGGCUGGGGAGAGCCACUGGAGGCCACAGUCAUCACCACCGAGAAGAGAGAGCGGCCGGCACCCCCCAGAGAGCUCCUGGUGCCCCAGGCGGAAGUGACUGCCCGCAGCCUCCGGCUCCAGUGGGUCCCAGGCAGCGAUGGGGCCUCCCCCAUCCGCUACUUCACCGUGCAGGUGCGAGAGCUGCCCGAGGGAGAGUGGCAGACCUACUCCUCGUCCAUCAGCCACGAGGCCACAGCCUGUGCUGUUGAAAGGCUGAGGCCCUUCACCUCCUACAAGCUGCGCCUGAAAGCCACCAAUGACAUUGGGGACAGUGACUUCAGUGCAGAGACGGACGCGGUCACCACGCUGCAGGAUGUUCCGGGAGAGCCUCCCAGUUCCGUGUCAGUGACGCCGCACACCACCUCCUCCGUGCUGAUCCAGUGGCGGCCUCCGAGAGACGAGAGCCUGAACGGCCUUCUCCAGGGAUACCGGAUCUACUACCGGGAGCUGGAGUCCGAGGCAUCCUCAGUCACAGCAUCCAAGACGCUCAAAACCCCCUCAGCUUUACGGGCUGAGCUCACAGCCCAAAGCAGCUUCCAGACCGUGAACAGCAGCUCCACGUUAACGACGUAUGAAUUAACACACCUGAAGAAAUACCGGCGCUACGAGGUCAUCCUGACCGCCUACAACAUCAUAGGCGAGAGCCCGGCCAGCGCACCCGUGGAGGUGUUUGUCGGCGAGGCCGCCCCAGCCAUGGCCCCGCAGAACGUCCGGGUGACCCCGCUCACAGCCAGCCAGCUGGAGGUCACGUGGGAGCCGCCACCGCCCGAGAGCCAGAACGGGAACAUCCAAGGCUACAAGGUUUACUACUGGGAGGCAGAGAGCCAGAACGAGACAGAGAAGAUGAAGGUCCUGUUCCUGCCAGAGACAGUGGUGAAGCUGAAGAACUUGACCAGCCACACCCCUUACCUGGUCAGCAUCUCGGCCUUCAAUGCAGCUGGAGACGGGCCCCAGAGCGACCCCAGGCAGGGGCGCACCCAUCAGGCCGCCCCUGGGACCCCCAGCUUUCUGGCAUUCUCAGAAAUCACCUCCACCACGCUUAAUGUCUCUUGGGGCGAGCCAGCGGCAGCCAACGGCAUCCUGCAGGGCUACCGAGUGGUCUACGAGCCCUUAGCACCUGUGCAAGGGGUGAGCAAGGUGGUGACAGUGGACGUGAAGGGGAACUGGCAGCGCUGGCUGAAGGUGCGCGAUCUCACCAAAGGAGUGACCUACUUCUUCCGAGUACAAGCGCGGACCAUCGCCUACGGGCCCGAGCUGCAAGCAAACGUCACGGCCGGGCCUGCUGAGGGCUCCCCAGGGUCCCCCAGAGAUGUCUCAGUCACCAAGUCCACCUCUGAACUGACCCUGCAGUGGACGGAGGGGAGCUCGGGCAGGACGCCCACCACAGGCUACGUCAUCGAGGCCAGGCCCUCAGAUGAAGGCCUGUGGGACAUGUUCGUGAAGGAUAUCCCCCGGGGUGCCACAUCCUACAGCGUCAGCCUGGACAGGCUCAGGCAGGGAGUGACAUACGAGUUCCGCGUGGUGGCUGUCAACCAGGCGGGCUACGGGGAGCCCAGCAACCCCUCCACAGCUGUGUCAGCACAAGUGGAGACCCCGUUCUACGGGGAGUGGUGGUUCCUCCUGGUGAUGGCGCUGUCCAGCCUCAUCGUCCUGCUGCUGGUGCUGUUUGCCCUGGUCCUGCACGGACAGAAUAAGAGAUACAAGAGCUGCGGCACAGGGAAGAGUAUCUCCAACAUGGAGGAGACCGUGACCCUGGACAACGGAGGGUUUGCCGCCUUGGAGCUCAAUAGCCGCCACCUCAACGUCAAGAACACCUUCUCGAAGAAGAACGGGACCAGGUCCCCACCCCGGCCCAGCCCUGGUGGGCUGCACUACUCAGACGAGGACAUCUGCAACAAAUACAACAGCGCCGUGCUGACCGAGAGCACAAACCUCAAAGAGAAGUCGGUGGAUGCUUCGGAAUCAGAGGGCACCGAUUCAGAGUCUGAGGACGCGCCCCCCCAGCACUCCUUCGUCAACCACUACAUGAGUGACCCCACCUACUACAACUCGUGGAAGCGGCGGGCCCCAGGCGGGCGCGCCCCGCACAGGUACGAGGCGGUGGCGGGCAGCGAGGCAGGGCCGCACCUGCACACGGUGGUCACCACACAGAGCGCCGUGUUCACACCCACGGGCCCCGGCGCCCGGACUCCACUCACCGGCUUCUCCUCCUUCGUGUGACGGCCGCAGCGGGGCCUCCGCGCACCUUCCAGCCUCCUUUUGUUAAGACAAUCACUCCAGUAACUGAGCUCAAGCUUUUGUUCAACCAGAAUUCUGACAAGUGAUGAUUUUACCUACUUGUGAACACUAGAUUUCAAUUAGAAAGGUUUUUGUAACGGCUUUUUGUAACAUCGCUGCCGGAAGCGGGUUUCUUUGUUUUCUUUUCUUUUUAUGAGAAGGUGUAUUUCAGUGGUGCAAUGGCGGGAAGACCCCAGUGGCCCCCAGUCCUGGGUUUCUGCAUCUCCCCCCCACAUAGGGAGGCUGUGGGGGGAGGAGGAGCGGGGGUCGAGUGAGAUGUGCGCCCACGUCCAGGCCGCUCCUUCCUCGUCUCUACCUCCCGUGCCUCUGGAGAACAGCAUGUUCCCCUGGCUCUCCGCCGGUGACACGUCCGGCCGGGCUCCCACUCGUUUGCUCCGCAUCCACAGAGCCAAGUGUGCCCUGGGCUCAGCGCUUCUCGGCCCAACCGCAUCCAUCUCUGAAAUAUUCUCACUGCACACUUUCGAGGCAAGGAGUCGGCCUUCAGGUCCCUGGUGAGGGGGCAGGAGACUGCGCGGCGAGGGCCUUUGGGCCGGUUGGCGGCUCAGUGCUUGCACCCCUGCGUCAUUAAAGCAGUGAACCCCCCGGGGCUUUCUUCCUUCCUUUCCUCGAAGCCAAUGGUGCAGAGCAGGGGACGGCGUGCGGGGGGCCCUCCCGCGGCGAGCUGUCUGCUUCCCGCGAACACAGCGCACGGCCCACCCCGCGAACCCACAGAGAGCGAGAAGGCGCUUUACAGAAUUGCUCAUUGUGUCAGAGGCGUGCGUUGUUAACCAGAGGAUUUUUUAAAUCUUUUUAUCUUUUUUUAAAAUAUGUCACAUGAAAUGAAUGAGUCUCUGCUGUCUCCAGGUGCCUUUUUAUUAAUUGUUUAGCUUUGUACGUGAGAAAGACGGAAAGCGUCAGCAUCUCCAAAUAAAGCGAAACAGCUCUGAGAACACGGGGCCCGAAUCGCCGCCUCCCCACCAGGCCUCCGACGCCUGCAGACCAUGCCCGUCCCCUGAGCGGCCCCUCCCGGCCUCCCUGUCCCGCCCGCUGCCUUGACUGCCAGAGCUGCUGUCCCUGCCCCCAGCCCAGCCCUGCUUUCAGCCUUAACGGGUUUUCUGGAAACUUUCUUUUUCCCCUUUGCUACUUUAGUUUUCAUUUUUUUAGCUACAUGAAAAUAGUAUGAACUGCUUUGAAAAUUCGAGAGCCCGUAGCGUAGCUGUGGCUCCGGCCAUCACACUAUUCUCACACGAGGUGGCCGAGGAGUCGGCGGCCAAUGCCCCAGGCCAAGGCCACGGUUCAGGUGUAAGCCCCAGAGCUCUGGGAGAGCCCCACACCCCACAUUGGCUGCAGGAGGGGGCCGCAACCAUGCCCUGAAGGGGUGGAAGCCGGGCCUGGGGCCACGUGUAGAGCACAUGCUGUCUCCUCCGCUCUAGUCCGUCUGUACUUCGUGGGACCCUCGGCUGUCGGGGCGGCCGCCGGGGCCCCAGGAGGCCAAGGAGAGUUUUGUGUUGGGCGAAAAGCCCCUUUUCCAUUUUUCCAAAAGUUGACAGUGUGGAAAGGUUCUUCUCUCCUUCUCUCUCUCUCUCUCACUCCCCUCCUCUUUCCUCCCUCCCUCCCUUCUCUCCUUCCUGCCUUCUUUUUCUGAGUGGAAGCAGAAAUAAUCUAAACCAAAAAUCCUAGACGCUCUGCCCAAAGCCACUUGUGCGUGAGAAUCACCCCCAACAGUUCACUGGACAGGACGAGCUCAGGGCCCCAAGCCCGGCUCCAUCCUCUGGGCCCAGGGAACGGCUGGCGAGGGCGGCGGGAGCCCGCACAUGGGGCUACGGGCUGCACAUUGAACUUCUCGGAAGACAGACACCUGGUGAGAACACGGACAGACACUGCCUUCUGUGCACUUCGAGCUCUAAGCCAUACGGACUCCACUAUCAAUACGGGGGAAAGUAUUGUAACGUCGCAGAUGAGGACCCUUUGGUUUAAGGUGUGUUCUUUGCUUUGGGGUUUUUGCGACAACAUGAAGCUUUCUUUCAGGUUCAUUAUAGUUCCUGUGCUUCCUCUGCUUCUACUGAACUUAUUUUGUGUGUGGGAUCAUCUGUCUGAGGCUCUGCCGGCGCUAUGGCUGCUGGCGGACGGGUAGCAUCGCACUCCCAGCCCCCCCUCCCUGUCCCUUGGAGCUGGGGGCUGUGAGAGACGCUGCACCAAAGGAACAGAGUGGGCGUUUGCAGUCAGGUUUCAGCCCUCCUCCCCACCCCCAGCAGUAUGGGCGUCGACAAGCAUCAGUUCCCACCUCUCAUCUUUUCGGGAGGAAAGAAUAAGUACCACACAGCCGGAGAGUAGGUAUUGGAUUUUAAUCUCCGUCCUAAGAACAGAACGACGACAAGGUCAGAUGUUCUCAUCUUGCCUUUUUCUGUACUGAUGUCAUUCAGGUGCCCCACGGUGAGCAGCGGCUGAGCCGCCCCCCAUGAACCCCUCACAGGGUGGCUCAUCGGGCCAUGAGCUAUCCUUUCCCUGUGGAGUUGAGCCAGCAAAGUGGCCAGGCAGAGCCGAGCCCUCUGUGGGAGCUACAGGGACCGGGACAGGGCUGUGCCUCCCUGCCCAGGCACCGGGGCGCAGGUUUCCAGGCAGGUGAGUGGCCCGCGCCCAGCCGGCAGUAAGCACCCCUCCCUCCCUGAACAAAUCAGCCCAACGCCACCCCUGUCCUGCCCCAGCCUUCCCUCCCUUUCUGUCACUGACGUGCUUUUAAGGCGAACUCGAUUCCGUGUCAUAGCAGAGGACGGUGUGACAUAGGGCGACGUGGGGACCCAUCCCCCACGCCACGAGUGACUGCAGAGGCCCUCGGCCACGGAUCCGUCCAGGCCGAGGGGAGGAAGGGUUGCGUGCACGCUGUAAACUUCUUUUGAUGCUGUGCUUGUACUUGACCACGACUGGACUGAAGCAUGGUGUUUGCGUAAUGGAUCUGGAUCGUAGCAUGGUUUCUAGUUUUUGCGAAUUCUCGGCACACGGUGUAGCCAUUCUCCCAGUGAGCAGUCCACCCGCACACCCAUGUCUGGCUCUCUUUAACCCGGGGUCCUGCAGCAUGGAUCCGGUCCAGAAGGUGGGAACGCCCGGCACCCCAGGAACUCUGUUUCUCAACGUCACCUUCCGGUUUCUCGAGAGCUCAGGUCAGUCCUGAAGCUCUCCCAGCAAUGUUUUCUGGAAUUGUGCAGAAACCCAGAUCUCAUUAAAAAAAUGUAGGAAGACAGAGAGGUGCUAUGGGUACGGUUUUUAAUAAAAACAUCAUUUUGUUCCUUA